AUGAAAUUCGCUACUGUUUUCACUCUCGCUACCGUCACUUUGGCUUUAAACUUGGACCAAGUCAGAUUGAUCAAUGAAAACGAAUUGGUUAUUCAAGAUACUGAAUAUGGUUACCCAGCAAUUGUCAAUUUGAAAGAAGAAGAUUCUUCCGAAGCUGAAGCUAAGAAGUCCAAGUCGUCUACUAAAGUCACUACUACCACUUCAUCUCAUGUCACUUCAGCUACUACCACCACUACUACUCACUCAUCAAAGAAGCACUCAUCUACUUCUACUAAGCACAAGACUUCAACUCACUCAAUUACCAAGACUGCUGGUGCUGAUGCCGUUGCUGCUAGCGUAGGUGGUCCAUUGUUGGUUGCUUUGGGUUUGUUGUUGUAA